UCUGUAACAACCAUAGACGUAUAUAACUAGACUGCGCAUGCUAUGCUAGCCGUUGAAGCAAACAUUUAAAAAGAGAAAGCAAUAUCGGGAGGAUCUCUGUCUCACUCUAAAUCACCCGUAGAGGGGGAAGUGAACUCUUUUCCCUUCAAGACUUUAGUAGCAGCAGGAGCGAAGCAGACAACAUUCUGUAACUACUAUAAGAAAAGCGCUGUAAUUGAUAUAUUUAUUUAAUAAAUUAUAAAGAUGGUUAGAUAUUGUUGUAUGUGCAAAGUGACAUCAGGUCAAAUCAGCAAUGUAUAUUUUCAUAGGUUAGUAAAUUUAAUUUAUAUAUGUAUAUAUAUACGUAUAUAUACAAAUAGUUUGUAUGUAUAUUUGCACCAAUAACAUAACCCAAAAAUUUUUUACAGUUUACCAAAAAAUGAAGAAAAAAAACGGGAAUGGAUGGAUGUAAUAGGACAUCCAGUAAGCUUACACAGUUCUGUGUGCAGUAAACAUUUUAAUGAAUCCGAUUUUGUGUACAAAACUAUUGGAGCUUCUAUAAAAAGAUUUUUACAUGAUGCAGCUGUACCAUUUGCAGAAUUAUGUGAUGUUGACAAGGAAUCAUCUUCAAAAAUGAAUCCUGAUGAAAAUGCAGUGAACAUGGUCAAUGAUAUGCAAGAUACAGUUGGUCAAACACCGACAUUUACUCAAGUUUUAGACAAUACAUUAUCUUCCUUAGGAGUAUUUGAAAAUGUAAUUAACAUUGGUAAUAAUAAAGAUACCAAUGUUAGUAAUGAAAAAAAUAUGUUGACUGUACAAAGUAGCACUGAAACAUUGAACAUUUCUAGGUGUAAGAAAGACAAUAAAUCAAGUGCAACGGAAAUUGAAAGUAUACAUCACGUCACCUCUUUAAAAAGGACAUCUAGUCAUACGAAUGAAAAUGUUAAAAGAUUGUGUAUAGCACGGUACAUAGGAGAUUUGAAAAGGGAAGAUUUUACAUCUGAUAGAAGUUUUGAAAUUUUCAGUGAUUUUCGUGAAGAAAUGCUGAAACAUAAAAAAAUAUGUAAGCAGUCUAUAAAUAGAUUAAAAAAAAAAAUCUCUAAUGUACAAGAUAUGUACAAUCACCUUAAAAAGAAUGGUCUCCUUUUUAAUGAAGCUUCUGAUGCUUUGAAUGUAAGUACGUUACUCAGUGAGGAUAAAUGAUGUGAAAAUGUAACAAUAGUCAACUAUGCAGUUUAUAAACAACAAAUUGAAUACAUGAAAUAGUACCUUGUUUGCUUCAAUUUCUUGUGUAUGAAGUUUAGCGUUAUUAUUAAAUUGAUGAAUGAAAAUAUAUUCAGCCCUAACAGCAAAUAUUUCUAAUAGUGAGACUUAAAUAUGUAUUACCUAUUUUAUUUUAUUUUUUGAUAGAAAUAUUUAACUUGUAAAAAGCACAGAGAUUGUAAUUAUUAUUUUAUUUUUACACUUAUUUUGAUACUUAUUUUUGUAAGUUAUUUUUAACCAGCGAAUCUAAUGUAAUCACAUAUUUUUCCAGAUUUAUAUAUAAUACAAAUAUUGUUUUCUCGUAAACAUAGGAAAUGUGUAAAUUAAAUUAAAUUAUAAUUAAGUAGCGUUUAUAAUUUUUUUGUCCAAAGAAUUUAAAGCAUUCACUACUUUCAAACACUUGAAAUGAAGCUCUUAACUUCUAAAUUACAUAAAUUUUUAUUUCAAAAGAAGGCAAGUUAAUAUGUAAGUAAUUUUAAAUAAUUUUUUUUAUGAAUUUUUUUUAACUAUUAUAAAAUUGUUUGUCCUAUAUAGAAUGAAAAAAUAAAAUUAAGUACCAACUAAGUAACUGCUCUGUGUAUGAUAAUACAUAACAACUUAUAAAAUUAAUAACAAUUUUUACAUCAAUAUAAUGUUUUUCAUAAUAAUUUCAUUUACGUUAAUAUUUUCUUCCAUUUCUCUUUUUCCUAGAUAUGUU